CCGGAGCGGCCGGGGGCUGCUGUGUGGGACAUGCAGGAUGGACGGGCGCUAUCACCGCGCCGCCCGGGACGGCUUCCUGGACCUGCUGAAGGAGGCGACCCGGAGGGACCUCAACUCGCCCGACGAGGACGGCAUGACCCCGACCCUGUGGGCGGCUUACCACGGACACCUGGGGGCGCUGCGGCUCAUAGUCAGCCGAGGGGGAGAUCCAGAUAAAUGUGACAUUUGGGGAAACACGCCUCUUCACCUGUCUGCUGCCAAUGGCCACCUGAAUUGCCUGUCCUUCUUGGUGUCCUUCGGGGCCAAUAUCUGGUGUCUGGAUAAUGACUAUCACACCCCUCUGGAUAUGGCGGCCACCAAGGGGCACAUGGAGUGUGUGCGCUAUCUGGACUCCAUUGCAGCCAAGCAAAAAAGCUUAAAUCCCAAGCUGGUGUCUAAACUGAAGGACCGCGCUUUCCGAGAGGCAGAGAAACGUAUCCGCGACUGUGUGAAACUGCAGCGCAAGCACCACGAGCGCAUGGAGCGGCGUUACCGCAAGGAGGUGUCUGACCAUUCCGACACCAUGAGCUUUUCCAGCUUCUCCAGCUCAGUGAGCCAACGCUUCCCGAGUGCCACAUUGCUCUCUACCAUGCCAUAUUCACAUGCUGCCGGCACCACCAAGGGCAAAACUAAGAUGCAGAAGAAGCUGGAGAGAAGGAAGCAGAACGAUGGGACUUUUAAGAUAUACGAAGACGGUAGGAAAAGCGUGCGCUCACUCUCCGGACUUCAGCUAGGCAACGAUGUUAUGUUCGUCAAGCAGGGAACUUACGCAAGCUCUCGGGACAGGGCUCGCCAACACCUUCGAGAUAUGUUUUCACAUGAAGAAGAUUCGUUGUCUAGAGCAGUGAGUGACCCUGGACUUCACGUGGAGUCAGUCCACUCUGAGGUCAGCACAGAUUCUGGACAUGAUUCUCUGUUUACCAGACCGGGCCUUGGCACCAUGGUUUUUAGGAGAAACUAUCUUAGCAGUGGGCUUUGUGGCAUUGGAAGUCAGGAGGACACUGCGCUCAAUAUGAAAGGUGAGGAGGUGAAGCUACGCAGUCGACUAAAACGUUCUACAAGUCUAGAUGACAGCAUCGGCAGCGCUGGCAGUUUGGAGGCAAGAAAUGAGCAGGAGUUACCGUGGGAAGAUGAGGAUUUAGGACUAGAUGAGGAAGGAGAGCAGGACACAACUCCGUUGGAGACGUUCUUGGCUUCACUACAGAUGUCUGAGCUGGUCUCCGUGCUUCAGGAUGAGAAGAUCGACUUGGCAGCUCUCACACUCUGUUCGGACCAUGACCUGAAAAGCAUAAGAAUCCCACUCGGACCACGUAAAAAAAUCCUAGACGGCAUUCAGAGGAGAAAACAGGCACUGGAGAGACCCAUGUCGAUGGGAGAUACUGAGCUAUAGUGGCAUCAACUGAGCGAGCAAGAUCCAACUACAGUGCCAGAUAUAUCAUUCAUUAGCCUAGAGACUACCCCUCGCCAAAUAUGUGCCACACAAGGAGACCCCUUACUCUCCAUAGCCUCAAGAAUUAUUCAGGUGCCAAGAAAAUUACCUCUGUACCAAGAAAUUUCAGAAUCCACAGUGUAAUGUCUUUAAAAAAAAAAACGCGGAAAUUUCUGUACA